UCUCAUUGUCUCGCUUUCUUUUUUUGUUAUGCGCUAUUAUGUAAUGCUUUCCUAUAUUGUGUAUUCUCAAGGAGAGAAAAUAAUCAUUAAAAGACGUCGUUUUUCAAGUUGGAGUUUUUUGUCCUUCUGGGUUGCCAUACGUCCUGUCAGCGUGAUCCAGAAGGGGCGGGGGAAGAAAUUUGGCAUAAAUGCAGAUAUCUCUGCUAGAACUGCAAUACUAAAAUAAAUCAUGAACACUUUGGAGUCAAAGAUCAUCACUGUAAUUGGCAGUGGGCUCAUUGGCCGCUCCUGGGCUAUGGUGUUUGCCAGCGGAGGCUACAGUGUGAAGAUCUAUGACAACCAACCAGGACAGGCUGCCAAAGCUAUCCUUGAGAUUAGUAAGCAGCUGAAGGAGUUGGAGGAAGCCCACAUGCUUCGAGGAGAGCUCGCCGCCACACAGCAGCUCACCCUGAUAAGCAGCUAUGAAGACUUGUCUCAGGCCCUAGAAGGAGCCUUUUUUGUUCAGGAAUGUGUGUUUGAGCAGCUUGAAAUCAAGCAGAGCGUCUUUCAGGAAAUUGAGCAGGUUGUGGGAAAGGACGUCAUCCUGAGCAGCUCUACCUCAUGCCUGGUGCCAAGCAGUGUCUUCUCUAGAGUCCAGAAUAAGAGCCGCUGCCUCGUCUCCCAUCCGGUAAAUCCACCUUACUACGUCAAACUGGUGGAGCUUGUACCCCACCCUCAGACGUCUCCAACCAUCAUGGAGACCACCCAUGCUCUGAUGACCAAAGUUGGCCAGGUGCCUGUCUGUCUGAAAAGAGAGAUUGACGGUUUUGCCAUAAACCGGGUCCAAGCAGCCAUUAUUGCAGAGUCAUGGAGGCUGGUCCAGGAUGGUGUUAUCUCAGUGAAAGACAUUGACCUAGUGAUGUCAGAGGGACUGGGAAUGCGUUACGCUUUUAUAGGCCCCAUGGAAACGAUGCACCUCAAUGCCCCUGAAGGUUUGGAAGACUAUAUGAAGCGAUACGGCAAAGGCAUCAUGAGAGUCCUGACUUCCUUUGGGCCUGUGCCUGACUUCUUUGAUGAGGGAGCUGGAAGCAUCAUUAAGGAAAUGUGUGAGCUCAUUCCCAAUGAUGAGCAGCAUUUGUCAGCGAGGAAGGAGAGGAGGGAUCAGUUUCUGAUGCAUCUGUCCAAACUGAAGAAGGACCAGUGAGAGCGCCAUCAUCAGGAGCACGUUUGAUAUAAAUGUGUGGAUCAAUAAGGAGUUAAACUGAUUAUAGGGUGAAAUGUUGUUUUUGUUUUGAAGAUCAAUUUAUAUGGAUAAAGAAUGAAAUACUGCAUUUUGUGGUGCUAAAAAUUAUACUUUCUCAGCAAUCUAGAAAAGUGUAAUUCUGGACGGAUUUGUUUCUCUUAAAUGUUUCUUAAAUGUGUGAAGCAUUUGUAAUGU